CGAACACGGAGCAUUGUGGGAUUGCAAUGGCUGCCGUCUUUGCCGUUGUAAACACACGUCUUGUUUACGAAAGUCGCACUUUAGAUAAUUUCCAGUGACCGUCACGGGUCGCUCGUCUCCCGGACCGUUUACUCUCCACCGUCUGAACUUAAACCCCCCGUUUGUUCCGAGGGUUUCCGAGUUUGUGGCGCAAAGAAUCAAGCGGCGGCUCCGCGCGGUUAGCAGCCGGCCUCGGCUCAGCUAACGCUAGCUGCGCCAUCCGAGCAUCUUCUCUAAGUUAUGAUCAAGGAGAGAUGCCAUCAUUUCAAGUUCUCAAAUGUGAAAGAUAGAUGAUGGAUGACGAUGUGUCCAUCCAUAGGCUGGAAGGGACUGAUCCAGAUGCUCAGGUCGGCGGUCUCAUCGUGAAGAAGAAGACCGCAGCUGCAGAGCCCCACGUUUUCCGGGCACCCACUCCGCGCACGUCUCUGCUGGGCUUGGAUCUGCUGGCAGCCCAGAAGAGGAAGGAGCGUGAGAGUAAGGAACAGGCAGAUGCUAUUGGUGAAGACGCAAACAGAAAGAAGUCAAAGGUUUCCUCCUACCAGGACUGGGAGGAAAGUAAAAGUGACUCUGGGUCUGAUGAAGAAGACGAUGAUAAGGACACAGGUGCUAAGAAGGAGAGCAGGAAAUAUCGUGUGACUGGCUCCGAGACCCCCUCAAGCCCCGGAGGGGUCAGUGAAGAGUUCAAACGCAGACACCAGCAGAGAGAGAAGGACAGACGAGAGCACGGAGUCUACGCUUCCUCCAAAGAGGACAAGAACCGAGAGCGAGACAGAGAAAGGAGCAGGGAUAAGGGCAGAGACCGAAAGAGUGAACGAGAUGAGCGAGAGAGUGGCAAUAGUCGGGGAGGCAGCAGUAGCAGGUCAGAGAGGAGUGAACGCUCACAGAGAGAUGGUUGGUCCGAUCGCAUCAGCCGGGGGAGCAAGAGAGAUGAACCCCUGACACCACAGCAUCGCCCAAGAGAUGCUUUCACACCUUCACGCUCAAACUGGGAGGAGGAUGACAGCGGUUACGCCAGUUCAAGACAUUCCCAGUGGGAAUCUCCGUCCCCUGCCCUGUCUAACAAAGAGUCCGACCGCUCAGAGCGAAGCCAUCGUUCUGGCCGAGAUAGUGAGAGGAGGGACAGGUCAGUCAGAGGACGCUACCCUGACGACACACCCCUGCCAACCCCGUCCUAUAAGUACAACGAGUGGGCCAACGACAGAAAGCACCUGGGUUCUACUCCUCGUUUAUCACAAGGAAAAGGUAGAAAAGACGGUGAGGGAGGAAUUAUGUUUGACAAUGAGGGUGAGAAAGAACAGUGGGAGGAGGACCAGAAGCAAGCUGACAGAGACUGGUACAUGAUGGAUGAAGGCUAUGACGAGUUCCACAACCCUUUCACUACUACAUCUGAGGAAUAUAUAAAGAAAAGAGAACAAAUCCUUCAGAAGCAGACUCAGAAAAGAAUAUCUGCACAGAAGCGACAGAUCAAUGAGGAUAAUGAGCGGUGGGAGACCAACCGUAUGUUGACCAGCGGCGUGGUGCAGAGGUUGGAGGUGGAUGAAGACUUUGAGGAGGACAAUGCUGCUAAGGUUCACCUGCUGGUUCACAAUCUGGUCCCUCCUUUCCUGGAUGGAAGAAUAGUUUUCACUAAACAGCCAGAGCCCAUCAUUCCUGUGAAAGAUGCAACCUCUGACAUGGCCAUCAUCGCUCGAAAGGGCAGCCAGCUUGUCCGUAAACACCGUGAACAGAAAGAACGAAAGAAGGCACAGCACAAGCACUGGGAGUUGGCAGGCACCAAGUUGGGAGACAUCAUGGGGAUCAAGAAGAAGGAGGAUGACGAUGGAGGCAAAGGAGUAGGCGAGGACGGCAAAGUAGACUACAGAACAGAGCAGAAAUUUGCAGACCACAUGAAAGACAAGAAUGAGGCCAGCAGUGAGUUUGCCAAGAAGAAGACUCUUCUGGAGCAGAGACAGUACCUGCCCAUCUUUGCUGUCAGGCAGCAACUUCUUAACAUCAUAAGGGACAACAGCAUCGUGAUUGUUGUCGGGGAGACGGGUAGUGGGAAGACCACCCAGCUGACCCAGUACCUGCAUGAGGAUGGCUACACCAGCUACGGCAUGGUGGGUUGUACUCAGCCCAGGAGAGUGGCAGCCAUGAGCGUGGCCAAGAGAGUCAGCGAGGAGAUUGGCACCAACCUUGGAGAGGAGGUGGGCUACGCAAUCCGUUUUGAGGACUGCACAUCAGAGAAAACUCUGAUAAAGUACAUGACUGACGGUAUCCUGCUCAGGGAGUCGCUGAGGGAGUCCGACCUGGACCACUACAGUGCCGUUAUCAUGGACGAGGCUCACGAACGAUCCCUGAACACUGAUGUACUGUUUGGAUUAUUACGUGAGGUUGUAUCUCGGCGCACUGACUUGAAACUCAUCGUUACCUCUGCAACUAUGGACUCAGACAAGUUUGCAGCAUUUUUUGGCAACGUGCCAAUAUUUAAUAUUCCAGGAAGAACAUUUCCAGUAGACAUCUUGUUUAGCAAGACACCUCAGGAAGACUAUGUGGAGGCAGCAGUGAAGCAAGCCCUGCAGAUCCACCUCAGCGGGUUGAUGGGAGACAUCCUCAUCUUCAUGCCUGGGCAGGAGGACAUCGAGGUGACGUCAGAUCAGAUCGUGGAGCGGUUGGAGGACUUGGAGAACGCUCCAGCUCUUGCUGUGCUUCCCAUUUACUCCCAGCUGCCGUCUGACCUCCAGGCCAAGAUCUUCCAGAAGGCUCCAGAUGGUGUGAGGAAAUGCAUUGUUGCUACAAACAUUGCUGAGACUUCGCUCACUGUGGACGGCAUCAUGUUUGUUGUGGAUGCAGGAUACUGCAAACUCAAGGUUUUUAAUCCUCGCAUUGGAAUGGAUGCACUGCAGGUUUAUCCCAUCAGCCAGGCUAAUGGCAACCAGCGUGCAGGCAGAGCAGGACGUACAGGACCUGGCCAGUGCUACAGGCUUUAUACUCAAAGCGCAUUUAAGAAUGAGAUGUUGACCACCACCAUACCAGAGAUCCAGAGGACCAACCUCGCAAAUGUGGUCCUGCUGUUGAAGUCUCUGGGGGUCCAGGAUCUGCUCCUCUUCCACUUCAUGGAUCCACCGCCGGAGGACAACAUGCUCAACUCCAUGUACCAGCUCUGGAUCCUGGGGGCUCUGGACAACACAGGUGCUUUGACACCCACAGGGCGACUGAUGGUGGAGUUUCCCCUUGACCCAGCACUCUCCAAGAUGCUGAUUGUCUCCUGCGACAUGGGCUGCAGUGCCGACAUCCUCAUCAUCGUAUCCAUGUUGUCUGUGCCGGCCAUCUUUUACAGACCUAAGGGUCGUGAGGAGGAGAGUGACCAGGUGAGGGAGAAGUUUUCUGUGCCAGAGAGCGACCACCUCACCUACCUGAACGUGUACAUGCAGUGGAAGAACAACAAUUACUCCAGCGUCUGGUGCAAUGAGCACUUUAUCCACACUAAGGCCAUGCGCAAGGUUCGUGAGGUGCGCUCCCAGUUGAAGGACAUCAUGGUGCAGCAGAGGAUGAACCUGAUUUCCUGUGGCUCAGACUGGGACAUCAUUAGGAAGUGCAUAUGUGCCGCCUACUUCCACCAGGCCGCCAAGCUCAAGGGUAUUGGGGAGUAUGUGAAUGUGAGGACAGGCAUGCCCUGCCACCUCCAUCCUACGAGCUCUCUGUUUGGUAUGGGCUACACUCCCGACUACAUCAUCUACCACGAGCUCGUCAUGACCACCAAGGAGUACAUGCAGUGUGUCACCGCAGUGGAUGGAGAGUGGCUGGCCGAGCUGGGACCCAUGUUUUACAGCAUCAAACACGCAGGAAAAAGCAGACAGGAGAACCGUCGGCGGGCCAAGGAGGAGCUCACCAGCAUGGAGGAGGAGAUGUCGAUGGCUGAGGAGCAGUUGAAGUCGCGUCGAGAGGAGCAGGACAAGAAGAGCAACACAGGCAGUGUUAAGGCGGUGAAGAUCUGCACACCAGGAAGAAAAGAGGAGGUUCCCAUGACACCCAGACGCACCCCUGCCCGCUUCGGACUGUAGAAUCCCUCCUGGUAGUUAAAGCACAUCGACCACCAACCACGCCGGCUUCUUAGAACGGAUUGUCAUCUAGACCUGGACCACACCAGCACAAGGAAACCCACGCUUCCAGCCGCCGUUUGUCCCAGAAUCACCUGCAGUUCCUGUAUAGACCACUAGAGUGAGAACUUGUAUAAGGCACAAGUCUCAAAGAUGAGCCAGGACCAUGAAAAAAAAAAAACAUCAGCCAGCUGUUUCCAUAAUACAUUUUGACAAAGACUGAAUUGUGUGUUUUUUUUUUACAUAGACUGCAUUUACAUAUGAUCAUCACUCAGAAGUGUUUUUACGGGCAUCUCUAGAAGGAUUUUACCUUAGCUAGAAACAUUUAAUUUUCUAUAUUCUGUUGCUCUUUCCCCACAUGCUGACUGUAAUCCGCGGGAGACUGAUAAACGGUGAUCUCGUUUCAAUGUUACUUGUCUUUUGUGUCCUUCCAUUGACUAGUUUUUGUGUUGUUGCAGCUUGAAAAGUGUGUGACACCAGGAAGUGCUCCUCGACGAGACUGGAGCACUAUUCAAACUGUACUUGUAGAAACUGUAGUAGAUUUGCAUUCAAAUAAACACACACACGCACACACGCACACGGAGACAAACACACUCAUGCAUGCUUAGUCAAUUGACCUCUGUACCUUCAGUUACACUUCAUUGUAAUGUAACAGCUUCGCUUCAUACAAAACGUCGCCACGCUGGAUUAAAACAUAUCUCCAGUUUUAUUUUCAUGGUCCUUGUGUUCAAACGGUGCACAGUGUCUCUGUGCGUUUUCCUCUGAACAGCUGUUUGCAAACUGUUUUAAAUGUGUUUUUUGUUCGUGUUCGCUCUCUCCUGCCAUCUCAGCUGAUCAGAACAUCGUGCAGCUUCAGAGCGACGGGUCGGUCCGGAACAAAACCGUUGAGUGAGGGGCCAUGUUUGGAUAGUGACACUGGUUCUGUUUAGUCUUCUAGACAGCAGGGGGACGAGCUAAUGGAUUGUUGUGUUCUCUCUCUCGACAUCUUUUGUAAAUAAAAGGAAAUAAAUGUUAGGUAGUUUUUUUUUUUAAGCCAAUGUGAUUUCAUUUAAAACUGUAGCAAGAGACGAUGUCAUUUCAAAGCAUUUUGAAUUGGUGCUGCAGUGGCAUGAAUGAAAGCUCAAUGAGGGAACGGGAUGCAAAUUAUUUUAGGCCAAACAUUCUUGUGUCUCUUCAGUGGAAAGUCUCUCUAUUGUGUUUCUAUAAAACAUCACUUCUCAGUUGUGCACAGACAGUUUGUGAACCGUUCAGUCCCUUUCUGCAGCCAGAGAUUCUGGCACUGAAGGUAACAACACUUCAGGUGUGCAAUAAAUAAUUUUCAUUUUG